AUGGGAUUGAUUAAGCGCCCCAUCGGGUUCCUGCUGGAGAAGCUCCUGCCCGAGGUCGAGGGCGUGCCGCCCCACAACAUCCUCCCCAAGGUGGCGAACGACUGCGCUGCGGACAUCCUGGAGGACCUGCACCACUUGUUCAACUUUGCCCACCAGAUCUUCGGCGAGCUCUCCGCCCAGGCCGUCGACACCGCCACUCGCAUCAGCAACCUGAGGAUUCGUUUGGAGAACUGCGAGCAGUACCUGCCCCAGGCCGAGGGCUACAUCGACAGCCUCGAGGUCAACACCUUCCAGAACAACCCCAGGGCGACAUGGAGCUCGGAUAUCCUCCAGAGCGCGCAGCUGGUGACGCGCACGUCGCGUGACGUGGCCCUCAACGCGGUCUACGAGUACUGCCUGCCUCCGCCCAACUUUGCCCCUCUCGACCCCUACUCCGAGGACCUGGUGCCCUGCAUCAAGCGCUACACGAACCCGGAUUUCUUCAUCGACGAGUGGCUCGAGCAGCAGAAGCGCGAGCGGGAGAAGAUCAUGGAGCGCCGCGAGAAGCGCCACAACGAGCGCAGGCCCAAGGCCGAGCAGCAGCAGCAGCGCAAGAACCUGCAGGGCGAGGUCGAGGUCGGUAAGCUCAAGAAGACCCGCUACGACGAGUUCGGCAACAAGAUCGAGAGCGACGCGGCUGUGGUGCCCGGCGCGCAGCUGUCGCGCGCGGCGCAGGCCUCGCACUCGUCGAACCUGGUGGCGGUGAGCACCAUGGCGGCGUCGGACCAGUCGCUCCAGGCCGGCCCCCGGCGGGCGCCGCAGAUCAACAUCUCGUCGGCCACCCUGCGCGCGGAACACCUCCACAGGGACCCGCAGCACUCGGCGCCCCUGACCCCCAACUACGGCACCAUGCGCGCGCCCCCUCCCUCGCCCUUCUCCGCCCCCGCUGACGACGGAGGGCGCACGCGCAGGGGUGGCGACUCAGCGCUCUGUCUCGCCGCUGCCCCAACCGCCCGGGUGCCCAUGGCUAGACCGGCGGUCGGUGCGCCGGCGCCGCCCCCGCCCGGCCCGCCCCCUCCGCCCGGUCCGCCCUCGCCCACGCCGGCACACAACAACGCGCCGCCGGCCGCGCCGCCGGUGAGCGGCAUCCAGGACACGCGCUCCAAUCUGCUGGGCCAGAUCACGGCCGGCCUCAAGCUCAAGAAGGUCGACGUCGAACGCGAGGCCAUCGCCAAGCCCUCGGCCGCCGACGUCUUCAACGUUUCUGCCAUCCUCCAAAGGCGUGCGGCGUUGGAGUAUUCGGACGACGAAUCGGAAGACGACGAGUGGGACGAUGACGACUACAACGAUUGA